AUGAGUUUAAAACCUUUCUGUUUUGAACCUACUGUGGAAGAUAUCGAUAACAGAAUUUAUGAAGCACUACGAGUAAAUCCAAUACAAACAAUAAACUAUGUGGGAAGAACAGCAGUACACCCAAGUAAUUGGUGUUUGUGUAAAAAGUGUCCUAUUUUGCAAACUGACAAAGAAUGUAUUUGUUGUUUUGAGUUCGAAAAUAUAUCGAAAUUGCAUUCUAAUAUUAAAUGCGUGACAAAAUUAUCAUCUUUUAAAAAAAUUAUUAUGGACGAAGAAGUUUUGAACAUUACUAGGCAACAAAUGAUUUUGAAAACUAAUGAUGUAAAACGAAAAAAAAUGCUUUCAACAUCAAAUCCGGAAAACAAAACUUGGAGAUUUAUAUGUUACAAACAAUUUACGCAUUGGAUAAAUUCAUGGACUGCAAUAGGAAAAGGAAAUCGUGUAUGUAUUCCAGCAUGUGUUGUACAAGCUAUUCGAAAUAAGUACCCUGAAAAUAAUGGAAUAUACGUAGGUUUUAAAGAAAACUACAGCAAAUAA